AUGGUUCGAAAGUUGUUUUUUUGGUUUCUCUCUAUUUUGACAUUAAAGAAUGUUUAUUCCCAAAAUAAUGCAAUCUGUCAAAGGGAUUACUCGUAUAAUUAUUUUUCAUUUUAA